UACACGUGGCAUGCGAAACUGGGAGUGUUUGUAGAUGGUGCUGCAUUAAUGUCAUUUUCCAGUGUAAACACCUCUAGGAAAAAAAAAAAAAAUCAAGUUCUGAAGUUUGGUGGCGUGGUAUUUGGUCACAUGGACCGCACUGAAUAAAGGUUAAGAACCGCAAGAUUCCGUGUCAGGUUCGCGUUAGCAAAAGGAGACAGACAAGAGGACACAUCGGAAGAAUUUGUGGGAUUUUUCUUUUUGUCCUCUAGUUAUCGUCAUUACUGCGUAACUUUGCCGUAUUUUUUUACGCGAGGUACUGCGCGCGGAAUCUCACAGGUGUCAGCUUUUACGCGUGAUUGCCUCAACGUCUUCACAGCUGUUUUACCUCGGGACUCCUGAAGGAAUUGGACAGCGGUCUGUGGGCACAUCAUGGCAUUCCCUGUGAACCUGAAAGGCCCAUCUCCCUGGGGCUUCAGAAUAGCUGGUGGGCGGGACUUCAAGAAGGCCAUAAUGGUGUCUAAGGUGAACUCUGGCAGCAAAGCGGAGAAGGCCUGCCUACAGCCAGGUGACAUCAUCCUGGAAAUAAACGGAGAGAACACGGCCGACAUGCUAAACGUGGAAGCGCAGAACAAAAUCAAGAGCUCCAAUACGCAUGUGAAGCUGCUGGUGGAGAGGCCGGCCACACCCAGUCCUGGACAAACCAAUGGGAUAAAUCCCACGGAGCAACUCAUGGGCCGUUUCCAGGAGGCCGUCCAGGUGAGUCGGGAUGAGAACCAGAACUACAGGGACUACUCCAUCUCCAGUCCAGCGUCCCUCUCUCCUGGCCCCUACUCCUCAGAGGGUGACAGGAUCACUGCCACAAGCAGCAAGAGCCUGCAGUUCCGCUCCUGGUCUCCAGAGGAGAAAGCGCCCAAUCGCAGGCUCUCCAGACCCCUCUCUCAGGACUUCUCACCCAUGGAUCUACGUAGCAACUCCGUGUCCAGCCGGACUCCGACUCCACCUCCGGGACGCUACUCUCCACACAGUCCCACCGAACGGGAUCUGUCUGUCUCCCCCCGCCGCAGUUCGGACUUUGCCAUGCAGCGGUUCGACCGGGAAUCCGAGGUGUACAAGAUGAUCCAGGAGAACAAGGAGUCUCGCUCCGCUCCUCGCCAGUCCAGCACAUUCAAAAUGCUGCAGGAGGUUCUGGAGGCAGAUGAGAAAGACGCUUCAGUCAAGCUUCCUAGCAAACUGUCACCAAACCCACCCAAGCCUGUGACGUCUGUUGCUGGAGUCUCAAAAUUCCACAAUUGUGAAAAAUGUGGCAACAGCAUUGUGACCCAGGCCGUGCGAAUCAUGGACGAGAGAUUCCGUCACCCAGAGUGCUACACGUGCACAGAGUGCGGCCUCAACCUCAAGAUGCGCGGGCACUUCUGGGUGGACAACGAGAUGUUCUGCGAGAAGCACGCCCGCGAGCGCUACCAGGGUCCCGGGGCUGGCUACCGCCACCCGAUCUCACCCCACUACUGAGGCUGUCUUGCCUGUGCCCCGCUCUACCCUGCCCGCCAGCUAUGAACUCUGGGACUAGAUAAGGGAGGGCUGGGAAUGCCGUGGUCACACGGCCUGUGCCCCUCCCAUAACGCUGCGUACUCUCCACAUUAUAUGCCACCUUUCCUGCUGGUUCCUACACGCUGCGUUAGGCUUUGUUUGGUUUUCUGUUGCUCUUCACCACAGGUUCGUAGGAAAGCUUGUUUUGCUGGUUCUGACUGAAGCCUCUGCCGUGAGCCACCCCUGCUUCUGCUUCUCACAGUGAUAAAGAACACACACACAUGCAUGCAUGUUUGUGUGCACAUGUGUGUGUGUUUGUGCGCAUUCAGUCCAAAACCAAUGAGCGAUACUAAAGCAUUAUCCCCCCACCCCCCACCACCCUUGGUGUUUGUGUUUUGAAUGCUUUCUGGGGUGAUUCUAGGUUUAACUGAGCUGUUACCACUCUUUAUAAAAUGCAUUGCUGUUAAAAGUAUUUUUUCUAUUUCUACACAAAUGCAGAAACACACGAACAAACACACACGCGUCCAUGUACUGGCUGUCCAACUAUGGGCCAAAUGUGACCUUUUGAAGUCUGUCAUCAGCAAUUUCCCAAUGGGUCAAAAGGUUUUGGACAGCCCUGACUUGGAUAACUAUUUGUUAAAGUUUCAUUUACAUUGUAAUUAAAGGGAAGAUGUAUCUCAAAGCAAUAAUACAAGUAAUAAUGUUUUUUUUUUUUGGUUUUUUUUUUGUUUUUUUAUGUAUAUAUAUUUUUUCCUUUAAAGUACUGUGUUCAAUGAAGUGUAUUCAUGCAGAAAUGACUGUGUGAGGACUCGAUGUUAACAAUAUUUCACUCUAUUAUAAAAGUAAGGCAGACAAAAAUA